AUGAACGGCAGAGCUAAAACCAGGCCCCCAGUCUCCGGCAGCCCCGUUGUUCCUGACUACGGUAGCGGUUGGGGUGACGACGGGGCGGGGGGAAGUGACAGUGAAUCGUCAGUAACUCCUGCUAGAGUGACCAGAAGAACUAGAAAAGAUUCAACAUCUAGUAUAGAAAAACUAGAGGUAACAUUAGCAAGUAAACCCAGCAACAUUACGGAAAUCAUAAUCGAAGAGACUGAGAGUAGUUCUGUAAAAUCUGAUGAAACUGUUAAGGGCACGGAAACAACUACUGAAAUCAGCCCUACAAGGAGAAGCCCUAGAAUAAAAGAAAAGAAACAGGUGGUAAAAAAAUCAACUAAAAAAACUGAUAGUAAAAGUUCCGAGGCUGAAGAACUGAAUAGAAGCUCAUCUAAAGAAAACAUUGAAUCAAAUGAAAAUCAAUCUGAAUUUGAGGUAAAAGAAUCAGAAGUUGUCGAAAGUAAAAGUGUAUCAUCUCCUGCAAAAUCCAAACAUAACAUAUCCGACUCUAGUUUACUUUUGAUCAAAGAACUGAAUAAUAUGCCUAAAAAGAAUAGUUCUAAUUUGAAUAAAACUACAUCAGCUUUAGUUGAAAAUGGUUUUAAAAGUAAGAGACAAAGAACAAAGUCAUUGGUAGUGUCCUCAGACACCCAUGUCGACGAGGGCAUGUUUUACAGUGAUAAUGAGAGUGUAAAAAAGAAGAAUAGUAAGAAACAAGCCUUAGACAAAAGCAAGAAUGAUUCUGUGAAUUUGGCUGAUGGUGUGCUAAAUACCACAUCAACUGAUACACCUCUCAUUGAUCAAGAAUUGCAAAAUAACACAUCUGUUCAGCAAAACCUAGAAAAUGAAUCUUCAUUCUCAACAACAAAGAUAAGAAAAUCAAAAGGUUCUAAGACUCCUAAUAAAUCAUUGAAUUCGUCAAAUAAUGCAGUGGGUGCUGAAACUGUCAGUCCCCGAGGUAAUAAAGAAAACAUUCCAGAGGAUUCUAUAGAAACCAUAAAGAUUUUUGAAAAGGCUCCUACUACUAUUCUUUCAUCUACUGUCUUCUUUGAAGAUUCUGAUACAGAUUCUAAAGGAAAAGGCAAGAAAAUACCAAUAGACACUGAAGACCAAUGUGUGCCAGUAGUUGAUAAUAAAUUAGUAGAAGAACAGAUAACAGGUCCAUCUGAAAGUAACAAGCAAGACAACAAUGAUUCUCUCUUAAUAAAAUAAAUACUAAGAACAUAGAUAUUGAUGAUGGCUGUGAACCUAUGGAU